AUGUGCUUAGCUACAGCAAACAAAGUUGCUUACAUCUAUUCGAAAGACAAUAACGGAAACUUUGUUGAAUACUCAAAAAGACCUCAUGUUUUUGUUUUAAAAGCUAGUACUGUAAUUAAUUUUUCUAAUUCUGAAGAACAUUUGUUAAUAGGAGAUAGACAUGGUACACUUACACGUUAUGGUUUAACUGAUGAAUCAAUUGAAAAAGAAAAGAAAGCUAAAAAGAUAUCAGUAUUUGGGGAACCAAAUGAAUUAGGUGGUGAAGGUUUGGUUGGUCAUAUUAGUAUGAUUCUUGAUUUUGAUAUAAAUGAAGAUGAUACUCUUAUUUUUACCGGAGAUCGUGAUGAGAAAAUCAAAGUUUGCCGGUAUCCUGAAUCAUAUGUGAUUGAACAAAUGCUAUUAGGACAUAAAGGAUACAUUUCUUCUGUUAUUUCUUUACCGGAUAAUAAACUUUUAUCUGGUGGUUCUGAUGGUUGGAUAUUUUUAUGGAAUGUAAAAAGUGGGCAAAUUGUUGAUUCAACAAAUUUUGAUGGAAAAGUGAUAAGGAGAAUAAAAUUGAUAGAGAUGAAUAGUUGUGAUUUUACAGUUAUUAUAACUUUUGAAGGAGAAAAUUACUUUAAAAUUGUAAAAUAUUCCAAUAACAAAUGGAAUGUUUCUGAUUCAAUAAAAGCUAACAAUGGAUCUGAAGGAGACUUCUUUUUUGACAUUGUUUUUACUUCUAAAUAUAUAUCUGUAAACAAAAGUGGUUUUUAUGAAAUUGAUCCAACAACUUAUGAAAUAACAAAUAUUAAUGAACGAUUUACAAAUUUUGUUGAUAUGCAAGUGGUAAUUGAAACAUUAAAAACUUUAAUAGAUCCAUUACCGGCAUUACAUUUAUGCAAAGAUGCAGAUUCAUCUAACAUUGAUGAGUAUAUGAGGAAAAAAGAAGAUAGAAUUAGUAAAAAAAUAAAAAUAGCUUUUGAGUAA